AUGUUCAUUCUAUGGAUCAUAUUUUACCGUGACGAUCCACAGCUGCAUUCAUGUGUUAGCGGCAAAGAGCUCUCAAAGAUUCAACAGAACAAGACACGAGCUCAUAUAGAGAGGGAUAGCUUUUUACCGUAUAAGGAAAUUAUUACAAAUAAAGUUAUUCUAAUAAUUUGGUUCAACGCUUUCACGGAAAUGACUACAGUUACAUUACUUUUGGUGUAUGCUCCCACAUACUUCCACAAAGUUCUAGGAUAUGACAUUCCGACAACAGGAAAGAUUUUCGACGAGCGAUAUAAAAUGUGGUUCUUCAAUUCGAUCUCUGUAGGACUAGCGGGAGUUUGUUGCACCUUAAUCGGAGUCUUUUCCUCCGAAUGGCCUCAAACUGGUGUAACUCUCUUCACGUUAGUAAUCACAUGUAUGGGAUUUAAUCCUGGUGGCUUCUAUAAAUGUGGAACACUUCACUCAAGGCAGUAUGCUCAUUUCGUGUUGGCUGCCAUACAAUUCAUGAAAUGUGUUGCCAUGUUUGUUGCUCCCGGAACAGUCGCCUUGUUUGUUAGAGACGAAAGGCGUUAUGAACAGUGGCGAUAUGUGUAUUGGAUCAACGGGAUCCUUUUAAUCAUAGUGAGUACUGUUCAACGAUAUAAGCAGUUUGAACGAGACGGAUGCGAACCUAAUUUAUCAUAUUGA